ACAAAUGGGGAGGAGAGAGUUAGUGGUUGCUAUAGCCAUGAAAGUCAGGGCAGAGCUUGGAGCCACUGAGAGAUAGUGAGAGGACUGCACUGGGGAAUAUCCGCCUGGGGAAUACAAUACAUUUUCAGCUCAUUAGGUUGGAUAAACAAAUGACUAACUGUAGGGGAUGUUGAGAUUCAUGGACACCAGCAGGAAGACACUGGACAAUCAAUAAAUAGAGAUGGGUUGCGGUGGAGGAACAGUAAUGGAACAUCAUGAAAUUCAUUUGAAGAAGUCAUCAGCCUGCUUGACUGCAACUCUCGUCUGGCACUAAAUUGAUGGGAGAACCAGCGGUGGACUAAAGACACUGAGAAAGAUGGGUAACGCCAUGCGAAGUGUCAUCGCCUUCAUUCCCUCAGAGCGCUGUCAACGCUUCCUAGUGGGGGACCUGAAGGAGAUGCCACUUGAUCGGACGCUGGACCUGAGCAGCAGGCAGUUGCGUCGGCUGCCUGUUGCCGCCUGCGUCUUCGAUGAGCUGGUGAAGCUCUACCUGAGUGACAACAACCUCAGCAGCUUGCCGGCUGAACUGCAGGGCCUGAAGAAGCUCCAGCUCCUGGCCCUCGACUUUAACUGCUUUGAGGAGCUCCCUGCAGCUGUCUGCAAAUUGCCUCAGCUCAGCAUCCUCUAUCUGGGUAACAACAGGCUUUAUCGCCUCCCCAGAGAACUGAGACAGCUCAAGGAACUUAAUACUCUGUGGCUGGAGACUAAUUGCUUCACUGUUUUCCCCAAGGUGGUUUGUGAGCUCUCAAGUCUUAAGACCCUACACCUCGGUUACAACCAGAUACGGAGUAUACCAAAAGAGUUUGGGCGGCUGGAUGAGCUACGAAGUGUCUGGCUUGCUGGGAACCAGUUGGCGGAGUUCCCACCAGUGUUGCUGGAAAUGCACUUUCUAGCUGUCAUUGAUGUGGAUCGCAACAAAAUACGUUACUUUCCAGGACUUUCUCACAUGCAGGGGUUGAAACUUGUCAUCUAUGACCACAACCCCUGUGUUAACGCCCCCGUGGUGGGCGAGGGAGUCAGAAGAGUCGGGCGCUGGGCGGACAGCACAGAUGAUGACCUGGAAGAUGACGGAUCAAAGGCAGCAAGUGAGACUACAGCUGAGGUGGUGGAAGUCCACCCUGAGGAGCAGCACAACAUGUAAGGUCACGGAACAAAGUGACCUGCGGCUGUGACGAGGCCUGACUGGCAGGAAUCCAACUGGAGUGGCGUCCUGGAGCACUUAAAGCUGAGCAGCAUGCUGUACAUCUGGUCGAUGGUAUUUGGUCCAUAUAUGGAAACGCCAAGGACCACAAACUAAUAUGUAGUCCAAAAACAUGGCCUGUCUGAAAGAGGAAAUUAGAAUCCUGAAAUGAAAAAUGUGUAGCAUGUUUGGCUGCUGACACUGUAUGAAUAGACAGUGUUGUACUUUCAUUUGUAAAAUUUUGUAUGCUUUUAAAUGAUUGGUUGCAACAAGAGCAUCUCCAUAAAUUGGGAACAUCUGAUUUUAACCAUUUGACCAGCGAUGCAAGACGUAUAUCUUGGAAAUUUUACAAUGUCUUUUCACUGGCAAGUUUGUAUUUCCUCUUGAUAAAUAAAGUUGUGUAUUUGCAAGACAAAAAUACACAACAUAUUCAUACUUUUCUAUUAGACUGUCUAUGCAUGCAUUGCUGUCUCAUCAUCUAAGAAUAUGUUCAUGUCCCAUUGUGAGAGUUCUUAUUUUUUAGUGCAGAAAACUGGAUAAACAGAAAGGUUCUUGCUC